UUUUUUUUUGAUGAGGGGAAUGCCGUGAGAAUCUUUUUGAUAAUAAAAUAAAGUGCUUUAUUCACUCUUUUCUUCUUCUUUAAAAUGAACUUUUUAAACUUGACUUGUAACCUUCAUGAAAAUGAUCAAGAACAAGAAACUAUUUCCACUCACGAUGCUGCAGAAUUCAUGAUUUAUGCUCAUGUAGAUAGUUUCCCUUCUGUGGCUGAUUUGUUAUGGUCUAAACAACAACUUGGUCAAGGUGAAUUUUUAAAGCUUACUGCUGAACAAGAAUGGUCCGAAUUACCUUCCAUUGUCUUUUCUACUCAUGAACCUCUCCAAUAAAUUAUUUCUAUUGGCCUACUUUUCAUUUUCAAUUUUCAAUUUUUUCUUUCUUCUCUCUCUCUCUCUCUCUCUCUUUUUUUCUUUCGCGUUCAUAUAUGACUUAUCAUAAAUACGUUGUUACCGCACAGAAACCAA